AUGGCAACGGCAAGAUUCACGACAUUCGAGGGGACGCACAAGACGGACGACGGCGUCGAGUUGUAUACCAAAACGUGGAAGGUGUCGGGGGAUGCAGCCAAGGCACGCAUGCUGUUUGUACAUGGCUUCAGUGAUCACUGCAACAACUACCCGGUGUUCUUCGAGCAUCUCGCCAACCAGGGUAUUGAUGUAUACGCCUUUGAUCAGAGAGGAUGGGGUCGCUCAGUCACCAAGAAACACGACCGCGGUCUCACAGGUCCCACCACCCGCGUCCUCGCCGACAUAACCAGCAUGCUCCACACCCUCCUCCCCACCCCCGUCCCCCUCUUCGUCAUGGGCCACAGCAUGGGCGGCGCCGAAAUCCUCCACUACGCCUCCACGGGUCCCUCGGAAAUCCUCUCCCAAAUCCGCGGCUUCAUCUCCAGCGCUCCCCUCAUCGCUCUCCACCCUUCCACCCGCCCUUUCCGCGCUACAGUCCUCGCGGGCCGUCUCGCUGGUCGCGUACUCCCUAAAUUCCAACUGGUGCAGAAACUAGAGCCGAAAUGGUUGAGCAGAGAUCCAGAGCAGAAUAAGCUGUGGGAGCAAGAUGAAUUGUGUCAUGACACCGGCACUUUGGAAGGGUUGGCGGGAAUGUUGGACAGAGGAAUACAACUCGAGAGCUUCAAAGUGAUGCCCAGAGAUUCAGCGGGAGAAGGGGGCAAGAUAAGAUUAUUGGCUUUGCAUGGAACUGGCGAUCACGUUAAUGAUUUUGCUGCUACAAAGGCGUAUGUGGAGAAGAGUGAGUUGAGUGAUAAAGAGUUGAGGACGUACGAUGGUUGGUAUCAUAACAUGCAUGCUGAACCGGGUGACGACAAGCUCAUGUUCGCCAAUCAUGUCUCUGAAUGGAUCCUGUCAAGGCUGGGACCUGAAGAUCAAAAGUCGAAGCUUUGA